AUGGCGUUUCAGGGUCCAGGCGGCCAGGAUCGGACUUUCUUGGACCACGCGCCAUCUGGUCAGACCGUCAUCGGCAACAUGGACCGCAUUACCGCACGCGCUGACAACGACUUCAAUGUCGCCUUGUAUGGCGCACUCUGGAUAGCCGCACUCUCUUUCAUCUGGAUUACUUGUCGUGCUGAUCCCGAGGAGCCUGUCAAGUAUGAAGUCGACACACCUGAGCAGGCUCGCAAAGGAUGGAAGGGCCAGGUGCUUGAGAAGCCGCAGUUGAAGGUACCGGGCUCUUCCCUGAUCCAAUGCUACGCUCCCGCGACUGGUGAAGCCCUCGGGCGCAUCAACCCCUCCACAGCCGACGGCAUCGACCGCGCAAUCGCCAAAGCCAAGGCAGCCCAGGUACAAUGGGCUCAGACAAGCUUCCUCAGGCGGCGAAAGGUGCUGCGCACUAUGCUCAAGUUCAUCCUGGAGAACCAAGAAGAAAUUGCGCGGGUCGCAUGUCUGGACUCAGGCAAGACUAUGGUAGACGCGAGUCUGGGCGAGAUUCUGGUGACGGUGGAGAAGCUGAGGUGGACGAUCAAACACGGCGAAAAGAGUCUCAAGGCUGAGAAGAGGGACACCAACUUCCUCAUGAUGUACAAGUGGAAUGAGGUUGUUUAUGAGCCGCUGGGCGUCGUUGCGGCUUGCGUGAGCUGGAACUACCCCUUCCACAAUCUCAUAAGCCCCGUAAUAGCCUCCAUCUUCGCCGGUAAUGCCAUCAUCGUCAAAGGCUCGGAAGCGACUGCCUGGUCUUCGUCAUACUUCGCUUCAAUUGCUACUCGCGCCCUUGAAGCAUGCGGUCAUUCGCCCGACAUCGUUCAGUCUGUCGUCUGCUGGCCUGACGUCGCCGAUCAUCUUACUUCGCAUCCGUCGAUAUCACACAUAACCUUUAUUGGAUCGCGACCGGUAGCACACCAUGUUUGCGCAUCGGCGGCGAAGGCACUGACACCAGUGUGCGUAGAAUUGGGCGGCAAAGACCCGGCGAUAGUACUGGAUGACCUAUCCAACAGCGACUUCAAGCGCGUUGCCAGUAUCCUCAUGAGGGGCACGUUCCAGUCUGCAGGCCAGAACUGUAUCGGCAUCGAGCGCGUAAUCGCCCUACCCAAAGUCUACGACCGCUUCAUCGAGUACCUCACACCCAAGAUCCAGGCACUCCGUCCAGGCUCCAUUCUCAACAACACCUCAGACGCACCCAUCGACAUCGGCGCAUCGAUAUCCGACGCGAGCUACACGAAGCUCGAAGAGCUCAUCCAAGAUGCCGUCAACAACGGCGCCCGCCUCCUAGCAGGUGGAAAACGCUACACCAACCCCGAUCACCCGCAAGGCCACUACUUCACACCCACCUUCAUCGCCGACGUAACCCCAACCAUGAAGAUCGCACAAACCGAACUCUUCGCCCCCGUCUUCCUCCUCAUGCGUGCCGAAUCCGUCACAGACGCCAUCACAAUCGCCAACAGCACCACCUACGCCCUCGGCUCCUCUGUCUUCGGCACCUCGACCCGCGACCUCGAACUCGUCGUCCGCUCCCUACAAGCCGGUAUGGUUGCCGUCAACGACUUUGCAGUCUACUACAUGGUUCAGAUGCCAUUUGGCGGUACAAAGGGUAGUGGCUAUGGGCGCUUUGCGGGUAAAGAGGGACUGAGGAGUUUGUGUAAUCAGAAGAGUAUUACGAGGGAUCGGUGGGCUUGGGCGGGGAUUAAGACGGCGAUUCCGCCGCCUAUGGAUAUUCCGUUGAGAGGGGAGGGCGCGGGGGAGAAGGCGUGGAAGAUGGCGGAGGGGAUUGUUUGGUUGGGGUAUGGGGAUUUGAGGGGGAAGGUUAGGGGGUUGAGGGGUGUGUUGGGGGUGUAG